AUGGCACCAAAUAGGAUGUCAUUAGGGGAGUUGGCAGAGGUCAAAAAGCAAGUGGAAGAUUUGUUGCAGAAACAGUUCGUGAGAUCGAGUGUAUCACCAUGGGGAGCAUCAGUGCUCUUGGUGGAGCAGAAAGAUGGAACUAUAAGGAUAUGUGUGGAUUACUGGCAGCUAAACAAGGUGAUAAUUAAGAACAAGUACCCUCUUUUGAAGAUUGAUGAUUUGAUGGAUCAGCUGAGGGGAGCUAUAGUGUUUUCAAAGAUUGGCUUGAGGUCGGGGUACCAUCAGAUCAGGGUGAAGAAUGAGAAUGAUUACGGUAGACUCUACAAAGGUGGAAGCAGUGACUCGAUGGCUGAGGCCGAAGAAUGUGAUAGGGGUGAAGUUGACUUAGUUCUGCUUGACCCAGAGCGAAAGUUUGAUGUGUAUUGUGAUGCGUUUGGGCAUGGACUUAGGUGCGUUUUGAUGCAAGAUGGGCGAGUGGUUGCCUAUGUCUCAAGGUUUGAGGUGUUUACUGAUCACAAGAGCUUGAAGUAUCUGUUUGAUCAGAAAAAGUUGAACAUGCGGCAAAGGAGAUGGAUGAAAUUCCUCAAGGACUACAACUUCACAUUGUCUUACCAUCCUGGCAAGGAAAAUGUGGUAGCCGACACUUUGAGCAAAAAAUCAUUGCACGUGACAGCAAUGAUGGUGGAGAAGAUGGAGCUGAUUAAGGAGUUUCGAGACAUGAACUUGGCUAUGGAGGUAAGGCCAAAGAGUUUGUAUCUCGUAGUGACGACGAUUCACAAUGACUUCUUGGUAUAUGUCCGAGAUGCUCAGUAG